CUGCCAAAACCAACUGAUCACGUCUCCUUGCAGUGGACACUGGUUUGAUUUGGAUUACUGUCAAAAUCGACCAUGUUUACACCUCCAUUACCAAUUCUCGGGUCUCCUUGAGUUUCCACCAAUUUUUGUCUUCCCAUUCAACCUUUUUUGGUUUGUUAUUGACCCUUUUACUGUCCGUCUGAGAACAAACGAGGGGGCAUCAUGUUUGGGACUGCGGUAAGGUAUUUCGCCACAAAACCAAAGCCGAAGAUGAAACCCAUCGAGCUCAAAACACCACCUGAGCAGACCCAGACAAUCACAAGAGUCAUCUUCGACAUUGUUAAGGAGCAUGGCCCACUCACUAUUGCAGAAACUUGGGAUCACGUUAAGGAAGUUGGGCUGAGAGGACUGACGAGCAAGAGGCAUAUGAAGAUAGUGUUGAGAUGGAUGAGAGAGAGGCAGAAGCUCAGACAGAUAUGCAACCACGUUGGACCUCACAAGCAGUUUCUUUAUACAACUUGGUUCACAAAACACAACACCACCGUCAACCACACUAAAACAGUAAAUGAUCCUCCAAAACCCAAGUCUCUUUGAAACUUGUCUACUACUUUUCAAACAAUAAAGACUCUUGUUACAUCCAUUAUAUAUUAGACUUGCUGAGUGUUUGAACUUUGAUGUAAUUUUCGUGUUUGUCGUUUGAUCAGUUGGACAUAAUUGCAUACAUUCAUAAUAAAACCAUAUAAACUUUCCCAAAAGGGCUAGUAAAGUUAUAUGAUGUCUUCUAAUCUAA